CACAUCCAAGCGCACGCACAACGGUGUUUGCGCCCAGGCGAACUGGCAUUUAGCAUCGUGGGCGGCGCGGACACACUAGUCCUCGCACCGAACUCGAACCCGAACUCGCUCUCCACGCGCUCUGAGCGCAUCCAUAGCCGGAGCAGGAGCGGAGCGGAGCGGAGUGGCAGCGGAGCACACGAUGUCCUCGAACCAGCAGCAGUCACCCGCCGCUGUGGCCGCGGCCGUGGCCAGCUGCAGGCUAAGGAAGCAGCAGCGCCGUCGGCUGGCGGCCUUCGACUUUGACCACACGAUCGUUUCCCAGAACACGGACACCGUGGUGCGCGACCUGCUGCCCACGGAGGUGACGAGCGCCAAGGUCAACGAGCUGGUGGAGAACGAUUGCUGGACGGAGUACAUGGCCGAGGUGUUUCGCCUGCUGCACGAGCAACAGGUGUCGGAGGCGCGCAUUAGGGACACCAUCCGUGGCAUACCCGAGGUGCCCGGAUUCGUGCGCCUGAUCAAGCACUUGGCCAAGCGGCUGCACUACGACCUGAUCAUCAUCAGCGACUCGAACAGCGUCUUCAUCGACGAGUGGCUGCGGGCACACAACCUGGCCGAUUGCUUUGUGGCCAUCUUUACCAAUCCGGCGGAAUUCGUUGCCUCCGGACGGCUAAUGGUCCGUGCCCACCACCAGCAGUCGGACUGCAAGCUGAGCGCCAGCAAUCUGUGCAAGGGCCGAGUGCUGGAGCACUUUGUCAUCGAGCAGGACCUGCGGCGCAGCAUACGCUAUGACCACGUCUUCUACGUGGGCGACGGCAACAACGACAUCUGCCCCGUGCUGCGGCAGCGGGCGUGCGACUUUGCCUGCGCCCGCAAGGGGUUCGCCAUGGAGAAGCACUUGCUCCGCAAUCGCAGCAAGUUGAAGCUGCGCGCCCAGCUGCUGAUCUGGAAGAGCGGCUUCGAUCUGAUGGACCAGAUGCUGGCACUGCCGCAGCUGAAGACCCCCCAGCUGCAGGGCGAUGGGGAACAGACGGAUCAGGAUGCGGAUGCGGAUGCGGAUGCGGAUGGCAAAGUACCGGAGGUGGCACGUCGGGCGUCGGCAGUUGCCGGGCCGACCAAGUCGCCCAACUAAGGUGGCAUGUGCUCGCAUUUGGCACCGGCACGAGUAAGUAGAACGGGUAAUCCUCGAGAGCGACGAUUGCCCAGCUGCAGGAUUGCCAUCGCAAAGGAAGCUGUUUCUUUGCAGUUUUGGACUGUGCUGCGAUGGCAAUCAUGCGGUUCUACGAUGCCAGGAGUACUCGUGAGGGUCCCAAAUGCGUAACCAUCCAUCCCGAUCCCAUCAUCCCCAUCCAGUUGUUGCAUCAUGUGGUCUGGUCUGUUCUUUAAUUGAUCCGCUCGCCACUUCGUUGCACUGGCCGUGCCAAGUGGACUGGGUGGAUCUGUACUUGUAUUUGUGUGCCGGGACUUUACCUGCGAAACAAUUUGUGGAAAUCCAAACAGUACAACUUCGGAGGUGUGCCCAGGACUCGAGCCGUCAAUUUGUGCUGCGGCUGUUAGUGUUUAUUCCAUGUGUCUAUAUUUAAACCUGUUGUAAUUGAAGCUAUUGCAAGCUGUAUAUGAGUGUCCAUAUUAUAUGCAUUUGAGUGUGUGUUUUGCCGUUACUGCA